ACACCUACGUUAAUAUUUGUGGUAGCCGUGUUCUUCUCCCCAUCUCAAAAUUUCGGCGGUGUUCCUCUUCCAUCUUCUCCAACCCAACAAUUUCCACAUCCAACACCCAAUUUCCAAAUUUCAUCACACCAUCUAAGCCCUAAUCGUAGGGGCGCGAAAGCUACAAUUCUGAAAAUGCAGGUUUCGAGUGCUAUCAGUGACGUUUUGGUUGUGCUUCCGCCUUCUGCAUCUCUCAGACUACCGGAAUUUCGCCACUUGCAUGCUUUUGCCGUUUCUGAUGCCAAGGGUUUUCUUUCUGGUGGAUUUCUUAAAAGCUGUCCUUCGUCUUACAAUCCCAAGCACUAUAAUGAAUUCUACAAUUUCCGAGCUAGAGGUUUAGUUGCAAGAGCAUCAGCUAAUUCAAGGGGCAAUUCGGCGCCUUUUGCUCCUCUCCAAUUUGAGUCACCAGUUGGUCAGCUUUUGGAACAAAUUUCAAAUACCCAUCCACAUCUACUGCCAGCGGCCAUUGAUCAGCAACUAGAGAAUCUUCAGACUGCUAGAGAUGCCCAGAAAGAAUCGUCUACUUCACCUGAUGAUUCCCUUUACAAGAGGAUAGCUGAAGUCAAAGAGAAAGAGAAGCGAACGACAUUGGAAGAGAUCAUGUACUGCUCAAUUGUGCAUAAAUUUUUAGAGAACAACAUUUCAAUGAUUCCAAAACUAACAGCAACAUCAGAUCCAACUGGUCGAGUGGAUUUAUGGCCAAAUCAAGAGCUGAAACUAGAAGCUGUGCAUUCUCCAGAGGCAUUCGAGAUGAUUCAGAGUCACUUAUCUUUGGUACUAGGAGAUCGGCUUGUGGGUCCCCUUCAGACAAUUGUUCAGAUUAGUAAAAUUAAACUGGGAAAGCUGUAUGCUGCUUCCAUAAUGUACGGAUACUUUCUCAAACGAGUUGAUGAACGGUUUCAACUUGAGAGGUCAAUGGGAACCCUCCCCAAGGAUUUGGGAAAGACUAAAAGUUUUGAGGAACCAUCACCAGGUAUCAAGCUUUGGGAUCCUGAUUCCUUGAUCACAGUUCAGGAUUACGACGAUGACAGUUAUAGUGAUAGUGAUUACAUGGAUACAGAAGGCAAAUCUUUCAGACUAAGAGCUUAUGUGAUGCAGUUGGAUGCAGAGACACUUCAGAGACUUGCUACUGUACGAUCAAAGGAAGCUAUAUCAUUGAUUGAAAAGCAAACUCAGGCCCUGUUCGGAAGGCCUGAUAUCCGUGUGUCUGGUGAUGGUUCAAUUGAAACAUCCAAUGAUGAAUUGCUUUCACUCACUUUCUCUGGCUUGACCAUGCUAGUUUUGGAAGCUGUUGCUUUUGGAUCAUUCCUCUGGGACAAGGAAAACUAUGUUGAAUCCAAGUACCCUUUUCUUAAUGAGUAGACUAGAUCACUGUACCAUUAGAUUAUUUUUACUGUACCUUUUAGAAUGUAAAUUAAUGCUUGGAACUUGGCGUUUUGGUCGUCAAAGAAUUGUUUUCUAUUCUUAACAGGAAUGGUUCAAUGUUAUAUAGAGCCUGAGAAAAACCA